AUGUCGCCUGUGCCCGUUCCAGUUCAGGUCAAUACCUCCUCCAAGCUUCCAUCCCCCGGAUUCAAUGCCGGUGCGCGACCAUAUCGAUCCCACAAAGUCCGCGCUUGCGACCUAUGUCGCAAGCGCAAAUCCCGAUGCACCGUCGAUAUUCCGGGCCAAUCCUGUCUUCUGUGUCGCGUGCAGGGUGCCGACUGCCACUAUCAAGAAGAGGCCAAUGCAGACACUUCGGUAUUGAGUGCCCCGGACCAAAAGUCCUGGUCGGGACCCCCUCCGCUGUCGGCGAUCCCAGCGGUGGAGGCCGCACCGGGACAAAAGCGUAAGCGCAGUCCCGAUGGCCUUGUUCAUUCAGUUCAGAAUAACCCGCCCCGGCAGCCGCUCAAUGGCCCUAGCCCUCAUGGGACUAAUUCGUCGAGUGGCCGCCGCGGAAGUGAUUCGCGGCGCAAGGACAUGGAUGACCCUCAAAAUGAAUCUGUGCUUAUUGUCGGUCCAAUGGUUGCCGAAGAUGCGCAAGUCAUUGAGAAACAUAUGCCGCCUGAACAGAGGAGUCUGUCAGAAGAGCCUAAGAGCCAGCCGUAUAACAUCUACUCUAGCGAUCCGCGCAAGCCAGUCCUCUACACCACAAUCUCACGACGAAGAAAGGGUAUGCGAAAAGGCACUCCCCCCGGUGAAAAUCAGAAGGAAGUCCUGGAACAAAUUCUUGGGCCUUUUAAACAUGACCUAGUGAGAUUAUUUAUUGAUCGAUUCAAUGUCUCCUUUCCUAUUUUUGAUGGAGAAUCCUUUUGGGAAUCAUACAUUGCUGAGGAUCUACAAGACCCUCCAGCUGCGCUCGUGUGCCAAGUAUAUUCCAUGUCUUUAGUUUAUUGGAAACAUACACAAAAGCUCGCGUGUCAUCCCAAACCCGAUGUUCGAUACGCGGUCAAUAUGACUGUCGCCGCGUUGCACGAAGAGUUCUCUGCUCCCGGAUUGGACACAAUAAGUGCCGCGCUGAUUGAUUUAACUGGCCGGCCCAUCUUUUCCAUGACUGGAAAUGCCGUGAGUUGUGGCCGCAUGCUAUCAUUGGCGAAUUGUCUUGGUUUGAACCGCGAUCCCAGCAACUGGAAGCUCUCUCAGGCAGAGAAAGAUCAACGGAUUCGUUUAUGGUGGGGAGUUGUGAUUCACGAUAGAUGGGGAAGCUUUGGCCAUGGCGUACCGCCUCAAAUUUCAAAAAAUCAAUACGACGUACCUCUACCCACUGUGGACGUGUUAGUCCCACCACACCUCCGCACCACGGAGCGUGUGAGAGCAGCACAUUGUCAUAUCUAUCUAUGUCGAUUAACCGAGACUUUGGGUGAGCUGUUGCCUCUGGUCUAUGGCUUGCAACAUAAACCAGCGCGAGAGACAUCAAAGAAGCUCAGGCAGAUCCGCACAGAUCUAGAUAUGUGGGAGGAUUCCCUGCCGGAUUGGCUCAGGGGACCCGAAAUACACCCAGGGGAACGAAUUUACGGAGCAAGCAGCUUGCAAUUGGCCUUCUUGGCUGUCAAAAUGCUUGUCAGCCGAGUAGAACUUAAUGAGGUCAACAACUCAGAAACGGAUAACGCCGAGGCACGCCGAUAUUUCCAAACAGAAUGCCGGAGGUCAGCAGAGGAAAUUGUUGGAUUCAUAACCUCUCUGCGAACAGAUAACUUCAAGGAGUUCUGGCUACCCUACAGCGCUUUUCAUCUCACGUCAACGGCCACAUUACUCGUUCGCUGUGCAUUUGAAACCACUGAUAGCGACGUUGCACGAUCAUGUCUCCAAAAUGUCGAAACCCUGCGCUCGGUCUUGCGCCGUGUCCAGGAAGAGGAAGAUUGGGAUGUAGCAAACAUGUGUUUAGAUCACUGUGAACGCAUUAUGCACCGACUUCCCGGAAACGGAGUGACAAUGGACCAGGCCUUCACUACGACUAUGGCAGACAGCGGGCUUGUUAACCCGGCCGCGAUAUCGCUACCCGAGACCCAAACCAAUAACGACAUUGUCGACGAUAUGAUGUCAAUAUCCAAUACCUUUGGAACCAUGGACGGUUUUCCCUUCGAUAUGACGGGAAUUUGGGAUGUCUCUGUCUUCCAAGAUGUGAACCUACAUGAAUAA